UCACAAUCCCUUCGUCGAAGGGGGUCGGGGAAUUCGUCACAUUUCCUAUCUAUCUAUCGACACAGUGCCGCAAACCCACUUUAACGAUAAAAAGCAGUAAGGACCAAGCUGCGGGAGCUUGUCACCAGCAGCCCUGCAAUGGCUAUUCAAUUGCCUUGCAAGCUGGCCCUCUUUCAGCCCUUCACCUCUUUCUGCCACCAGGAUGCGUUGAAUGGGACGAAGCAGUGUGUGUCUUUUCCCUUGUGGGUGAGUUCUGGUGCCGUUGGACUCGCCUCAGCAGGCUCCUCUAGAUUUGUGAAUUUGGGAACACGGCAAGCACGGCAUACGUUGAAGGCUGCUGAAAUCUUCACACCGCCACCCAUUGACAACGAUUUACAUGCUAUCAUAAGCGAAAUGGGAGCUAUCUUCUCUGAAGAUGGAGUUGUGGAGACUUUUCAAAACGACAAGGAUGCACUUGCAGCUGCUGAAAAUGAUGUUGCUGUUGUUGAGAUGUCGCAAAUUGGAAGAAUACGGGUCACUGGAGAAGACCGUAUUCGUUUUCUUCAUAACCAAACCACUGCCGACUUUCAAAAGUUAAAAGAUGGUGAGGGCUGUGAUACAGUAUUCGUUACAUCUACAGGCAGGACAAUCGAUCUGGCCAAAGCGUGGGUUAUGAAAAAUUCUGUUAUUCUGUUUGUUUCGCCAAGCCAACGCCAAUCUCUCUGUGCCCUUCUCAACAAGUACAUAUUUUUUGCUGACAAAGUGGAGGUGGAGGAUAUCACCGAUAAAACUUAUUAUUUCACCUUAGUGGGUCCCAAUUCCAGUAAGGUUCUUGAUACUUUGGGACUUGAAGCAAUUAAAGACAAACCUUAUGGUUCAUUCAUGCAUUAUGCGAUUGAAGGUACACCAGUGACAGUCGGAGUAGGUAGUGGACUUGCGAGCCCAGGCUAUUCCUUUAUGCUCUCCACCGACACAGCUGGUAUUGUGUGGGAGGCGAUACUGAACGCAGGAGCUGUACCCAUGGGUGCAGCCGCUUGGGAGCAAUUACGAGUUUGGCAAGGACGGCCUGCACCGGGGAGAGAACUCACUUCGGAGUACAAUGCACUUGAGGCAGGACUAUGGCAUACCAUUUCUAUGACAAAAGGCUGUUACAUAGGACAAGAGACUAUAGCACGGCUUAUAACCUACGAUGGUGUCAAGCAGCAAUUGUAUACAGUUCACAUGAACGGAUAUGCUGAACCAGAGACAGAGAUUACUUGCAACGAAGCCAGGGUGGGAAAGCUGACCAGCUGUGUGGAGGCAAAAGAAGGAAGCGAGCAUAGUCAUGUGGGGCUAGCAUAUAUUCGCAGAAAAUCAGGUGGAGAGAACCUGGUUGUAGAUAUAGGAGGUGUAUCAGGGAGAGUAGUAGAAGCAAGCUUUGUCAAAUAUGCUCUUCCGCCGCAGUGACAGUAUGCACCCUUGAAAGCGCUUACUAUCCUUGGCGGUUAAAACUUUGCUGGCUGUGUUGCUUGGUCUUUGCUGAAGGUCAGUGUGCAUGAAAGUCUAGCAAUGAUCUUCUACUUUGUAAUUUUUGCUGUUAUUCCUCAGUUGAAACCCUAUCGUGACUGUUUUUUUUCUAA